UAAAAAAAAAAAAAAACAAAACAAAACAAAAUCCCACUUAAUUUCCAAACCCUUGUUUUCUCCCUCCUCUCACUCAAUUCCCGGGCAAAUUUGCUCAAUCAGACAAUCACCACUUAGCCGCGCAAUUCACGUCACCCCCAAAACCUCCGCCAUUCCAGCAUCGGAGAUUACUCCCCGGAAGCUAGCUGCCUGGGCUUACUUCACACCUUCACUGCAGUUUUUGAGUUGAAAAGUAUUUCAUCAAUGGUAUUGACUAUUGAGACUGUGAUCCAAAGUCCAGAGGAAACGGCUUAAAGGGGAUGCAGAUAUGGCGGUAAAAGAUAGAGAUAGGAUCAGCAAUUUACCCGAUGUUUUAUUAGAUAACAUACUUUCAUCCCUUCCAACAAAGGAUGCUGUUGCUACUAGUGUUUUGUCGUGGCGAUGGAGGUGGGCUUUCACAUGGGUAAGAUGCCUCGACUUUGACGACUCCCCUAUAUCUCAUUGUGUGGAAUAUUCACAUUUGAUUGAUUCUUUCCCUAGUUUCAAGGCGUUUGUUGAUAACAUAUUGCAAGCAUGUCAGUCUGAACGGACAACCACAUUUAGACUUCACUUUGCCAAGAAUAAUAUCAGCCGCUGUCUUAGCCAUUACUGUAGUGAAGAGUGUCUCCCCGAAAUGGAACUCGAGCAUCUUUAUGCUUGGAUGAAAUUUCCCUUAACCCGUGGGGUCACACAAAUUGACAUUUGUGCUCGUGUGCAGAAUCCUGGUAAGCUGCCCUCAGCCCUAUAUAGUUGUCGUACGUUGGAGGUCUUGAAGCUUAACGUGACAUUUGAUCUUGAAGUUCCCUUAUCUAUGUGUUUGCCAAACUUGAAGGAGUUACAUCUCACUAAGUAUGACUUUCCGGUUGAUGACUCCGUGAGUAGGCUUGUUUCAAGUUGUCCAUCCCUUGAACUCCUGGCUCUCGAAGGCCACUUGACACCUUCUAGUCCUUUUUCUAUUUCUUCACCAUCACUUCGCAGAUUAACUAUAAACUUUCUUGUUUGGGAUGGAAGACCAAGGAGCAAGCUUGUUCUUGAUGUUCCUAAUUUGGAAUAUUUAAUGUACCAGGACGUUUUAGCAAUGCAAUACUCCAUUGGAGAUCUGAAUUCUUUAGUCGAAGCUGAAGUUGAUACUAUGUUAUUCUAUACAAGUGAAAGGCAAAUUGACAAUAUACUUAGUUUUCUCAGCCCGUUGUCUAAUGUUCGGCGUUUGUUUCUGAUGCGAGGAUGUGUAGAGGUUUGUCCUUUGGUCCUUCUUUCUGUUUGUGCUUCAUAAGUACCUUUUUGUCAAUGGAGGUUAUGAUUCUUUGCUCUCUGUUCUAGGCUGUGAACUAUUGUGGUUGAAUCAUAAACUACCUGUAUUUCGUAAUUUGAAUCAUUUGGAGCUUGGUUGUCUUGGGUAUUAUAAUUGGCAUAAAGUAUUGAUGGAGCUGCUUAAUUGUACACCUUUCCUAAAAACACUUAUUUUUCCAGAGGGGAUCAUGUAUUCUCCCGAUGAUGACAUAUGUACGGAGGUGUCUGAAACAGACUGUCAGUCGUGGAGUACAAGUCAAACAAUCCCAUCUUGUGUUGGGUUUCAUCUCAAAAGAAUUUCAGUGAACAAGUACGAGCUGACUGAAUGGGAACUGGCAAUGGUUAAAUAUUUUCUGAGAAAUGCAUUAGUUUUGGAGGAAUUGAUUGUCAUUUGUAUAACUUCCAUGCCGUUAGCAGAUAGGAUAUUGCUUAACGCCACAUUACAAAAGCUGCCGAGAGGCUCAAUGACUUGUUCAAUAAAAGUCCAGUGAUGCAGCAACUGUUUGCCUUCCAUUGCAGCUUGCGUUGGUACGUCCUUAACUCCUGAUUUUCCCGUUAAUUUUCAAUUGUCACACAGAAAAAUUGUGCAGCCUUAACUUCGUAUUUAAAAGGAUAUUGUUCUGUAAAAUUUUCCAAUGUAGUCGUGAUUUUAUUUUAUGAUCAUUAGCAGAAGAAAGAAGUAAAAGAAAAUUUCAUUAAACUUGGUGUUUCGAGUUCUCUUUCAUCUAAUAGUUGAGUUCCCUAACUUCCCUUUCCUAAUUCUACCAGUUGCGGAGCUCCUUUUCUUUAUACAUAUGUAUCAUUAUUUUUUCUUUCUCGAUGUUUUCUGGUAAUUUUAUUAGGAUCUGGUUAAUUGGCAAUUUUGUAUUAUUUUUUGUACUGUCAUUUGAUUGCAGGGGAAGAAAAAGGUGAUGUUCUGUUCUCUUCUGCAGGUGCUGCUUGAAGACUUUGGGUGUUGUAUGUAGUUGGCAUCAAUUAGACUUCAAACCAAUGCAACAGAAGCAAUUCAGCUGUUUUGUAUUAUGAAUACUUAAGCUUAUGUUAAAUUUAUGUGAAUACUUAAGCUUUGCAACAUUAAAACAAUAGAACAUCACUAGAUCCUUACUGAAAUGUCAUUAGAAACAAUCUCUAGAAGUUUUUGGCUGGCAUCCUUCUGGAACUGCUCAGAGCCUGCCUCGGAUGGGUUCAUAUGUAUUUACCAAUUGGUUGUCGGCCGCGGCUGUAGCUAGUGAUGAUAUUUUUUAAAAUUCCAUUUGUGGCAAUAAUUGCCAUAUUUUCCUGUA